AUGUCAGUUACGUGGAGAGGCUCCUUGCUGUCAGGCCCUGCUGGUUCCAAACGAGGCUCCACUGGUCCAUCAUCUUCUCGCGGUCGCGUAUGGAGAGGCAGCUCUGGAGGAUCGCAACCUGCACCUAGCACUGAUGAUAGUGCACGAGGUGCUAAAACUCGUGCACCCAGCCGCGGUGGGCCUCGAGGCGGACGUGGGAGGCGGGGCGAUAUAUCAGGUAGUUCUGCGCAUCCAACCGGUGCAUCAGGCAGGUCAAAUGCAGGGCCAUUCCGAGGUAAUGACAAUGGCAAGCUAGACGAGUCACAUUCAGUGCUAAAUAAUGGAUCUCGAUCCAACGGCGGCCAAGAAAAUGGUAUAAAGGCUCCUCCGGUAUUCGGCUCGCGAUCGGGGACUUCGAGUGGACAGUCAUUACGACCUUCAUCUCCAUUCGGCUCAAUCACGAAUACGAAUGGGCCCUUCACUGACCGCUCAAGAGAUCCACGGAGGCAAAGUGCCAAAUUCUCAGGUGGAAGCGCAAAAUCCGGAAAGCCGCAGGAUUAUAAUACUCGCUAUGAGCAGUUGAAACUUGACCGUGCUAAGCAGCGCACAGAAGCCGUGAAGUCCGGACAAAUGGCUGACCCGAAUCAACCAAUAUCCCUGACAAGUGCAAUUACUCCAACAGGCACUUGUACAGAAAUGUGUCCCGAAUUCGAACGAGUGGAACGCAUUGUUCAAAAGAUGGUUGAUAAGAGUGAAAAGUAUACCGAUCAGGAAUCUGGAGUGUCUCAUACAGUUGAGGCUAAAAUGCUUAAGAGAUUCAGAAGAUCUGCUGCUGGCUAUGACGAGCAGUUACCUUCAGACAUCAGGACUCCAAAAACCCUCCUCCAAACGAUGAAUUAUCUUCUACGAUAUGUUGUAGAAGAUGACGAAACUCUAGCUACCACUCACAAAUUUCUCUGGGAUCGCACACGCUCAAUUCGCAAUGAUUUAUCUAUUCAACAACUUACUCAAGCCCAAGAUGUCUCAAUUGCAGUGAAGUGCCUUGAACGAAUUGCCAGGUUCCACAUCGUAGCUCUCCAUCUCCUGUCCAGUCCUGAAAACUCGGAACCCUUUGAUCACCACCAAGAACGAGAGCAGCUAAAUAAUACCUUAUUAUCCCUCCUAUACUACUACGAUGACAACCGAAAUUUGAUCAAGUUUCCCAACGAGGACGAGUUUCGAGCCUAUUACAUUGUGUUCUCCAUACACGACCAGCGGCCCGAUCUCGAAGCUCGAGUACAAAACUGGCCUCGGGAACUGUUACGGUCACCUCGGGUUCAGGUUGCACUUGAAUUGUUUGCUGCAGCUGGGAAUACUUGGGAAUACCAAGGCACCUUGGAUGCGAAAAGGCCGAACGCAAUUGCCCAAGGCCUCUAUGCGCGUUUCUUCCGCCUUAUUCAGUCUCCUAGCGUCCCGUAUCUCUUAGCGUGUAUUGCAGAAAUAUAUUUUAACCAGGUCCGGCAAACGACAAUCCGAUCGAUAUGGAAAGCGUAUUGUCGACACCCUAUUUCCCAACAACACAAGAACCAAGAGUGGACUGUUGACGAGCUUACUGGAACACUGGCAUUUGACGAUAACAAUCAAACCAUUGAUUUUUGCGAGGAACAAGGGCUCCAGUUUGCGACGAAUGCUGACGGGCAGAUGUAUCUAAAUUGGGGCCAAUUUCCGCUUGAUUCUGUCGCCUUCCAGCCAUCCUCCCAACAAACAUUUUCAUACGAUGUCGCUUAUCCUUGGGAUGAACGUUUUGCAAGCUUCCAGGCACGGGAUGAUCGAUCAAUCCAUUUUACCAUCCGAAUUGACAUUGGAACAAAAUCCGAAACAGAAUAUGGAGUCAGAUGGACUGUUUGUUAG